UUCUCUAAAAGAUACGUAGAGGGUGUCCAAUCUUUUAUGAAACUUAUCCGAACUCGCUUUGAUCGAAAUACUAAAAUUUGAUGUCCUUGCCAAGAUUGUUUAAAUAUAAAUUUUCAAACACAAGAUGUAGUAUAUGAUGACUUGUUGUUGAAAGGAAUUAUGAAAGAUUACGUGCAUUGGAUAUACCAUGGAGAACAAUCACAAAUGAGAGAUAAUGAUGAAGCAAUUGACAAUGAAGAUGAAAAUGAGGAAUGGAUAAAUGAAGAAAAUGUCAGCCAUAAUGAAAUACAUGACAUGUUAGAAGAAAUCGGUGGAAAAUCACAAGCCAAUCAGGAGACAACAUCCAGUAACAAUGGAUGUGAUAAUUUGAGCGAGAGCGAAGCAAAGAAGUUUGACAAAUUGUUGAAAGAAGCUGAAUGUGAAUUGUACCCGGGAUGCAAAAAAUUCUCGAAGCUUUCAUUUGUUGUGAAAUUGCUCCACUUGAAAGUGUACAAUCAAUGGAGCAACAAGUCAUUUAAUAUGUUGUUAGAGUUGCUACGAGAUGCAUUGCCUAAUGGUGAGACACUUCCUAAGUCGCAUUAUGAUGCUAAAAACAUGCUACAAGGUUUGGGAUUAGGAUACAUUUCGAUUCAUGCUUGUAAAUAUGAUUGUGUGCUUUAUUGGGGUGAAUUUAAAGAUAGACAAGAAUGUCCACAAUGUGGUACUUCAAGGUGGAAAAUUGAAAAGGGAAAGGGUAAAAAGAUUCCUCAUAAAGUCUUACGAUAUUUUCCCUUAAAGCCGAGACUUCAAAGAUUAUUUAUGUAAAAAAAAACAAGCACUGACAUGAAGUGGCAUAAAGAAACAUAUCUUGAUGAGACGAAUGUGUUAAGACAUCCAGUUGAUUCUGAAGCUUGGAAAGAGUUUGAUAAGAAUCAUACGUGGUUUGCACAAGAACCACGUAAUAUUAGACUUGGCCUCGCGACUGAUGGUUUCAACCCAUUUGGGAAUAUGAGCACAAACUAUAGCAUGUGGCCUGUAAUUUUAUUUCCUUAUAAUCUUCCUCCAUGGAAAUGCUUUACUGAUCCAUUUAUGAUGAUGUCACUACUUAUUCCUGGUCCUCAAGCACCUGGAAAGGAUAUUGAUGUUUACUUGCGGCCUUUGGUUGAUGAAUUGAAAGAGUUAUGGAGUGAUGGUGUAGAGACAUUUGAUGCUUCCACAGGGGAGUACUUCAAAAUGCAUGCUGCUGUUUUAUGGACCAUAAAUGACUUUCUAGCUUAUGCUAAUUUAUCUGGAUGGAGUACUAAAGGAUACAUGGCAUGCCCUACUUGCAAUAAGGAUGCACUGUCACAAAAGGUAAGAAGUAAAAUUUGUUACAUGGGUCACCGUCGGUAUCUUAAACCUAGCCACGCAUGGAGAAGAAGCAUGCAGUUUGAUGGGAAGGUAGAAAAAAGAUUGAAACCAAAAGAGCUCUCAGGAGAUGAUGUCUUACAACAAUUGGAUCUACUCAGUACUUAUAGACCAGGAAAACACUCAAAUAAUAAGAAAAAAAAGCGUCUUCCUAUAGAGUUGAAUUGGGUGAGGAAAAGUAUUUUCUUUGAGUUACCAUACUGGAAGAGCUUGAAGUUGCGGCAUAAUUUAGAUGUCAUGCACAUAGAAAAGAACAUUUGUGAGAGUAUUUUAGGGACAUUACUGAAUAUUGACAGGAAAACUAAAGACACAGAGAAAGCAAGAGAAGAUCUUAAGGAUAUGAACAUAAGAAAGGAACUAUGGUUGCAGCAUGAUGAUUCUAGUUAUACAAUGCCAUCUGCUUGUUAUAACAUGUCAGAAAAAGAGAAAAGAAAAUUUGGGGAAUUUUUGAAAUGUGUUAAAUUUCCUGAUGGUUAUGCUUCAAAUAUCUCAAGGUGUGUAAGUGCAGAUGGUGUUAAGUUAGCUAAACUCAAAAGUCAUGAUUAUCAUGUUUUGCUACAACGAUUGCUACCUAUAGCUAUUCGUGGAUUUGGAAAUAAAGAUGUCUCUUUAGCAUUGAUUGAGUUAGGUCAUUUCUUUCAACGGUUGUGUUGUAAGACAUUGAAACAAGAUGACCUAGAACAACUUGAAAGGGAUAUAGUUAUUAUAUUAUGCAAGCUUGAGAUGAUCUUUCCACCUGCUUUUUUUGAUAUUAUGGUACAUUUGGCUGUACAUUUACCACGAGAAGCUAUGUAUGGGGGACCAGUACAAUAUCGUUGGAUGUACAAAAUUGAGAGAUUUUUGUGUAAGCUUAAGCGUUAUGUGCGAAACAAGGCGCGACCAGAAGGUUCUAUUGCAGAAGGUUAUAUUAUUGAUGAAUGUUUGACAUUUUGCUCUAUGUAUCUUACUAACAUUGAGACUAGAUUUAAUCGUGAAGAUCGAAAUGUUGAUGGAUCUAGCAACAAAGAGGAACAUGUUCUGGACAUAUUUUCUGAAAGUGUUAGACCAUUUAAAGGAGAAUAUGAUGCAAUACCGAAGAAAGAUCUUGAUAUGGCUCAGUGGUAUGUGUUAAAUAAUUGUGAAGAAGCAGAGCCUUUUCUACAGGAACACAAAAAUGAGUUGUUAAACCAAGAUGUUGUGAAUAUAGAAGAGAAACAUAGAGAACAUUUUUCUUUAUGGUUCAAAGGGAAAAUUAUGCAUUUGUGUAAUAAGGAGAAUUCAAUGUCUAUCAAGAAGUUAUAUCCAUUGGCAAUGGGACCUGAUGUUCGAGGAAGGAGAUAUCCUGGUUGUAUUAUUAAUGGUGUUAGGUACCAUAUUCAAAGUCGUGAUGAAUUACGUAAAAGUCAAAAUAGUGGCAUAGUUGUUGAAGGCUAUCAUGAAAAUGAAGUGAUUGACUUUUAUGGUAUUAUAGUUGACAUUAUUGAGUUAGAGUAUAUAGAAGGCAAUCGAGUUGUACUAUUUAAAUGCAAGUGGUUUGAUCUUCGUAAAAAAACUGGGAUGCAGAAAGAUAAAAAUUUUACCAGUAUAAAUGUAAAUAGAUUUUGGUAUGAACAUGAUUCUUUUGUACUAGCUACUCAAGCAAAUCAAGUAUUUUAUAUUUGUGAUCCGAAAUUAGGAAAGAAUUGGCGAAUUGUGCAAAAAUUUCAAGAUAAACAUAUAUAUGAUGUGCUAGACAUGCAAAAUUCAAAGGUGGAAAGUGAUGAAUUACACACUACUGAUGAAGUGUAUCAAGAUGUGUCAAUGGAAAGUAACAUGAUAGAUGUUUCUAUUGAGGAUAUGCCGAUCCAAUUACAUAGAGAUGAUGUUGAUUCAAUUACAUUGGAUUCAAGUGCAUUUGAAUUGAAGGUUCAAACAGAACAUGAAGUUGGUUACAAUACCGAAGAUUCUGACCUAGAGGACGACACUAUAAUUGAGUACAUAAGUGAUCUUGAUAGAACUGAAGGCACUAAAAGUAUUGAUAAAGAUGAAGAUGGUGACACAGAUGAUGAAGAUGACAUUGAUUUUGUGAUGUAA